CAAGACAAGACCGCUGCCGCCGAAUUUAAAGAGACAGUCGAUAGUUAUUUUAAAUAUGAUAAACGGCAACCAUUGUCCCCUUUAGCUUAUUUCCCGACGCUUCUUGUCUCGGCUUGUUUUAAAUCGAUGGUGAUGUUUAAACAAAGUCGCGGCGAGUAGCAGCUUGUCUGUCAUCACCCUCCACUCUGCUGGGUUUUCCGUCCUCUUUUCUGCUGCUGUGCCGAGACUGUCCAGCCAGGCAAAGUAGGGCUGCUUGCUUGCUGGCAGGCUGGCUUCCCGACCGAGAGGAAGGUUUGUCGGCUAGCCAACAACUGGAGGUACACCGAAGGCUUUCCCUCUCUCAAGUUGUGGUGUUUGGUAGUGGCUCCCUCCCCCGUGUCGCCGGGAUAAUGGCGAAGAUUCAGGCACACAGCACCGCGAAGCAAAUAAACCAAAUUCAAGACAAGCCUUACGUUAUAACACAAAAGCAAGUGCAGCAGCAGCACUUCCAGAAGCUGAAGGUGGAAGAUGCCUUGUCAUAUCUGGACCAAGUCAAGAUUCGUUUUGCAAACGAUCCUGGCAUAUACAACAAGUUUCUUGACAUCAUGAAAGAGUUCAAGUCACAAAGCAUUGACACACCGGGGGUGAUAAAUCGUGUGUCACAACUCUUCCAUGGACACCCGGACCUAGUUUUAGGCUUCAACGCCUUCCUACCACCAGGCUAUCGGAUAGAAGUCCCCAAAAAUGGAGUGGCUUUCCUCCAGUCUCCAUUCUCUACACAGGUUUCCCCCACUCAGCAGGGGAAGAGUGUCACCACCUCUGCUGUAACAGCCACCUCAGGUAGUGCCUCUGCUGCCAGCGUUGAAGCCGGACCUGCCCAGACCAGUGAAGUCAAGGCGGCCUCAGCAGAGUCCCUAUCUUCGUCAACUUCAGUAGGACCUCCAGAGCCUCCCAACAGACUUUCCCUUCCCUUGACGAGCAGAGAGAGCCAGAAUCAGGCAACCACCUCAUCCGUGUCCCCACCUGCUUCAGAGACAAGUCCCGUAGAGUUUGACAGUGCCAUCAGCUAUGUAAACAAGAUCAAAAACCGUUUUCUGGACCACCCAGAGAUUUACAGAGCCUUCCUAGAGAUUCUUCAUACAUAUCAGAAAGAGCAACUGGAGGUGAAGGAGAGCCGUGGCAGUCGAGGCAGCAGUGGGAUGACGGAAGACGAGGUGUUUUCUAAGGUUGCCAGUCUCUUCAAGGGACAAGAAGACCUGCUGGCUGAGUUUGGACAAUUCUUGCCUGACGCUAAGAGAUCACUGUUCACAGGGAGCUCGUUGACUGGAGGGAAAGAGCAGCUGAAAAGGCCGGAGGAAGAGGACACGAUAACCAAACAGAACAAAAAGAGGCCCAGACCCAUACUACUGCAGCACAUGUCUCCACUACUCAAGAAAAAAAUGAAGUAUUCGUGUACCAAAGAUCAGUCCUUUGCUUCAGUUGGCAAACAUGGAGUCUUACGGGAAUUCUCCUUCUUUGAUAAGGUUCGUCGCCUGUUUAAAAGCCAGGAAGUGUAUGAGAACUUCCUGCGCUGCAUCGCCUUGUUUAACCAGGAAGUAGUUUCGGGAGCUGAGCUGCUACAACUAGUCACUCCUUUCCUGGGGAAGUUUCCUGAACUGUACACACAGUUCAAGUCAUUUCUGGGGGACAAAGAGCUCUCUCAUGCUGUGUCAGGGCUGUCGGAUCGCUACAUGGAGGGGGGAGGGGGCAGGGAGGUGGAUUACGCCUCCUGCAAGCGCCUGGGGUCCAGCUACAGAGCACUGCCCAAGACCUACCAGCAGCCUAAAUGCAGCGGGCGCACUGCCCUAUGCAAGGAGGUGUUGAACGACACCUGGGUGUCAUUUCCCUCCUGGUCAGAGGACUCCACCUUCGUCAGUUCGAAGAAGACUCCUUAUGAGGAGCAGUUGCAUCGCUGUGAGGAUGAAAGAUUUGAGCUGGACGUCGUUCUAGAGACGAACUUGGCCACCAUCAGGGUGUUAGAGAGUGUCCAGAAGAAACUGUCCCGCCUUUCACCCGAGGACCAGGACCGGUUCAGAUUAGACGACUGCCUGGGCGGUACCUCUGAGGUCAUCCAGCGUCGUGCUGUUUAUCGGAUCUAUGGUGACAAAGCCCCCGAGAUCAUUGAGGGACUGAAGAGGAGUCCCGCCACCGCUGUGCCUGUGGUGCUCAAGAGGUUGAAAGCCAAGGAAGAGGAAUGGAGAGAGGCCCAGCAGGGUUUCAAUAAGAUCUGGAGGGAGCAGUAUGAGAAGGCUUACCUGAAGUCCCUCGACCACCAAGGAGUCAACUUCAAACAGAAUGACAUGAAGGCCCUGCGGUCAAAGAGUCUUCUCAAUGAGAUUGAAAGCGUCUAUGAUGAGCGUCAGGAGCAGAGCACAGAAGAGGGCGGUGUUGGCCAGCAGGGUCGCAACGGUUCUGGCUCGGCUUCAUCCAGCGAGCCUCACAUGGUGUUUAGAUACGAGGACAAACAGAUCCUGGAGGACGCCGCCUCGCUCAUCAUCUACCAUGUCAAGCGUCAGCCCACCAUCCACAAAGACGACAAGGACCACAUCAAGCGCAUUAUCCAGCACUUUGUCCCCGACCUGUUCUUCUCCCGCCGCGGCGAGCUCAGCGACACAGAAGACUGGACAGAUGAGGAGGCCGAGCCUGAAGAGGGAGGAGAGAGAGGAGAGAGAGGAGAGAGAGGCGAGAGAGGAGAGAGAGGAGAGAGAGGAGAGAGAGGAGGAAGUGGAGCGCCAGCAGCAGCACCGGGAGGAGGAAACGGCAACGCUAACAAUGCAUCUGGAGUAGCAGCAGCCAUAGGUAGUCAGUCUCAACCUCAACCUCCACAGUCACAGUCCCAGAGCCAGACCCAGUCCCAACCACAGCAGCAGCUGAAUGGUGAGUCCAGACGGAGGCGCUGCAGCCCAUCCCAACCUGCAGACACUGAGGCGUCCACCACAUCCAGUAGCACGAGCCAGCCCACAGCGACCAGCGGAUCCACGCCUGGAUCCACACCCAUGGAGACGAGCUCAGGUGCAGCCGGGGAGAAGGUGGACCUGCGCGACCCUGAAGCAGAGCACCAGAAGGAGCUGGACGGUGUCUACAAUCUUUUCUUCGUCAACAACAACUGGUAUUUCUUCUUGCGGCUGCACCAGACUCUGUGCUCGAGGUUGCUGCGGGUUUACCGACAGGCAGAGCGGCAGCUGCUGGAGCACCGAGCGGAGCAGAGCAGAGAGAGGCUGCUGAUGGCGGAGGGAAGGAGGGAAAAAGCAUGUGACCUCGCCAUGGAGCUCCGCCUCAAACAGCCCAGUGAGGUGGAGUUGGAGGAGUACUACCCAGCCUUCCUGGAUAUGGUGCGUAGCCUGCUGGAUGGCAAUCUGGACUCAACACAGUAUGAAGACACACUGAGAGAGAUGUUCACCAUUCACGCCUACAUUGGUUUCACCAUCGAUAAGGUCAUUCAUAACAUCAUUCGGCAGCUGCAGCACCUAGUGAGCGACGAGGUGUGUCUGCAGGUGGUUGAUCUUUACUUGGCUGAGAGGAAGAGAGGGGCAGCAGGGGGGAACCUCUCCUCGCAGUGCGUCAGAGCGGCCUGGGAGACGAGCUACCAGUGGAAAGCCGAGAGAGUCAUGGCUGAAGAGAACUGCUUCAAGGUGAUGUUUAUUCAGAACAAGGGUGAUGUGACAAUGACCAUCGAGCUCCUGGACACUGAGGAGGCUCAGGCUGACGACCCGUUAGAUGUACAGUGUUUGUCCAGCUACAUGGAGCAGUUUGUAGGAACAGAGUCCAGUCUGUGUUCUCAAGCAGAGGGCUACUUCUUCAAACCUGUAUUUCUGCCCAGGAACCUGCGUCGUUUCCGUCGCUGGCAGGUGCAGCAGGUGGAGGCGAUGCGCUGCAGGAGAGAGUGGCACCGCCAGCUUGGCGUGGAGAAUGCCGGGAGCCUGGACUGUCGCUUUAAACUCAACACGCACAAGAUGGUGUUUGUCAUGAACUCUGAGGACUACAUGUACCGCAGAGGGGCUCUGGUCAAGGCCAGAAAGUCGCAGCACAGAGUGGCGGUGAACCAGCACGAACGCUUCGACAAGUGGCACCAGGGCUGGCUGGCCAAUCACGUGACGGCCUCGGCUGAUCGCUCGGUGCAGAAUUGGCUAAUGGGCGAGGAGGAAGAGGACAUGAUCCCCUGCAAGACGACCUGCCUGUCGACUGAGGUGAAAGGUCAGACGGUCAACAGAUACCAAGUUCAUUACAGCGGUAGCAAAGCGCCCGCCUCUCCGUAGAGGCCUGCACAGAGACAGGACGUACAGGACACACACCCACAGGUAAAUGCAUGGACGUACAGGACAUUCAUACACUAAACACAGACAUACAGCUGCAGUCCACUUCUCCACCUUCCUCCACAACACUCAUUCACUUUCAGCCGUGGAUGAAGAAACUGGCAGAGACACAGUGCAGACUCUGGACUGUGAACAGUGAGUCAGUGAAUGAGUGCACAGUGAGAGGAGUGAUGUCGUGGAGAACAAAAAACAAAAAAGGACCAAGACAGGCGGUAACGUAAUCAGCGAGCGUUAAACUCAGAAUGAGUCGGACACGACGGCACAAAACGGAGGUCAUCACCCUCAGCAUCCUCGUUCUAGCUUCUUCGGUGGCACUAAGAGCUGAUAAGACUGAUGGACGGAGACGGUUGAUCAGGCGACAAGUUUAUGAGAUCAUGGAGUUUGUUUCAGAAAUGUGAAUGUCUGUUUCUUUCUUUCUUUCUUUCUUUCUUUUUUUUUUUAAAGUCAAGUGUAGUUUUUAGCUUCUAAAGCCAGAGAGCCUUCUGCUUGUUGGUUGAUUUAUAUGGAGAGAUAAUGGUAAACGUGUGUAUGUAUGUGUAUUCUGCUCUUUUCAUUUUGUCUGUUUGUAUGCCCAGUACAGGCUCCACAGCUCUAGUAAUUACAUUAUUACUGUAUGUGCAUAUAUACAACAGAGUUUUUAUAUAUGCAUCUACAUGAGUCGAUUGAUACAUCUAAAGAUCACGUGGUUAUUUACAGUGUGUGCUGUCAGCCAACUCUUGAUGUUUGCAUUUUGGAGGUUUCUUUUUGUACUUUUUCCCUUUUUUUUGUUGUUGUAGCUAAACAAGUUAUCACCAGGGCAACAAGGAGUCCUUAAAAUGAAUUGGUUUAAUAUUGAUAAAGCAAAUUAUGUAUCAUAUUCAUGAUUUCACCAAAUGUUUACUUUGCAUCGUCUUUUUUUUUUCUUUUGCAUACUGACAUUGAAAAUGAAAGCAAAAUAUCAGUGUUAAAAUAGAAUGUAUAACAUUUAUCCUGUAUCAGUUAUCAUAAAAUAAACAACCUAGUUGUGAC